AUGAGAUCCUUUCAAGCAUAUCCUCAGUAUACCGUCAUUCCACGUAGUCUGACUGUAGCCAAGCGCUUGGCACAGUGUCUCAACCCUGCUCUUCCAGCUGGCGUUCACGGAAAGACACUGGAUGUUUAUGCUUAUAUUCUAGAAACAAUUGGGCCCGAUCAAUUGGCUGAGGAUAUCACACUGUGGUCGUAUGGCUUGUUCCCAUUCCUGCAGUAUGCAGCACUCUCUGUCAAACCCCAACUACUCGACAUCUACGAGAAGUUUUAUCUGCCGCUGAAGGAGCGGCUGAAGCCCUGUCUAAAGAGCUUUAUGAUUGGAUUGUUGCCAGGUCUGGAUGAAGAAGGCAGCGAGUUCUUUGACAGAGUCCUCAACAUUCUGGAUAACCUACGAAAGAACGUGGAUGAGACAUUCUUCUUUCAGUGUAUGUGGCUCAUCCUGAUCACGUCCUCUCAGCACCGCGGGCCAGCCCUCCAUUACCUCGGCAGAAGGAUGCCAAUGCUCACCAACACAGAAGAUGUGGCAUUUGUACUGGGCGACGACGCAGGACUCAUGGUCAGGGCAUUUUCAGCCACCGUAGGGGAUUCUCAACUUCUUGUUCAGCGCGCCAUGCUGGACUUGAUGGUCGUACACUUCCCCAUCAGCAAUGGGUUAAUCGAGCAGAAUGACCUGAUAGUUUUGGUGAAGGCAGCCGUCGGGGUUGUACUUCGCAAGGAUAUGUCUCUGAACCGGAGACUCUAUGCUUGGCUCUUGGGUUCGCAGGAAGGCAAGAAGAAGGUCUUUGACGGGCCAGCAAAGUCUGCAUUGAUUGUUGGACUACAGAGCAUAUUGCUGUCGGAAGGAGAAGAGCUGCAAGAGAGCCAGAAACCUUAUCGCGUGUUCGUGUCACUUUUGGACGAGUGGGACAUUGGGUACCCGGUCAUUCAGGCGGUCUUUUUGGACGCCUUGGUGUCACUAAAGCGACACGUAGUUGUGGGCGACCAUGGUGCUGAGCUCAUUCAAACAGCCACCAUGUGGAUCGACAUGACGGACCCAUAUUUAAUCUGGAAGAAGCUUUCAGAGGCGAUAUAUGAGAACUUUCCCGCGGAGUCAGGCAAGGAGUCAUACGCACUCGAUCUGGGAAUUAUCUCUGAAAACAAAGUUCUGCUGUACGCUGAUCAAGUCAACAACGCGCUUUCGCUGUGCUUGAUGCUCUUCCGCCAUAUACCCGCAUCUGUCUUUGCGCCACAAGCGAACCAACUUAUCCAAGCACCACAGCCCACACGCGCUUCCAAGUCAAAGCCUUCAACCCCAGUACCGACACCUAACAAAGGAGAGAGCAAUGGACCCGCCGCCGCCUCCAAUGUCAUCUCCUUCGAGCCAGGAAUGAGCGCCAAAGAUUACAUUGAGGAGUUCUUCAUGCUGGUGCCUCAAAAGACGGACGAAUCGGAUUUAGCAACCAAGGAGUACGCAGGAAUCAACGGUCAUGCGUUACGACAGCAGGCCCUCACGAUUAUCCAGAACUUCAUCAGCAACAUUCUGGACGCAUGCAUGGCUGACGACUCGAGGACGAACAUCCGUACUCUGAGAACAAUGAUCCAAAAGUCUUGCAAGAUCCUCUCGAUCCUUUCUCGAUACCAGACACCCAGCUCACCCCAGGACUAUUUCUCUGGACCUUGGCUUGACAAAAUGCGCCUGGCUUGCCACAAAAGUGACGACUUUGCCAUGAUCGACGCAUUACUCACCACAAUUGUAGAGUUGACUGUGGAUCUGAAAGUUGUUGAGCACUCGUUUGUGGACAAUCGAGAGCACAUGAAGGCAAUUGUGGACAGGCUCUGGACGUUUUUCGCAGAGGAGUACAUGCAAUUGCACCUGAGGGUCUCGCAGCUCAUCUGGAUGCUACAGGAUGUGACCUCCCUUAGCCAUGAAGUUGAGACGGCCAUCGCGUCAUACUUGGUUGUAGACAACGCGAGGGCUCGCGUCGACGCAUUUCAGAAGUUUGGUGUCUUCUGGCGACUUUCAGAUGACAUUCAACACAACUCUACAGCGUUUGUGCGGCCUAUGAUGCUUAUGCUGGACUCCCUCAGUAGCACUAAUCCGUCCAACAGGAGAGCAGGAGAAACCUGGAUCAGGAGUAAUCUAAAGUCUUACCCUAGGCUGCUUGAUCCUCUCAUGCUUGUGCUCUUUGACCACACCAUCGUGCGGAAUAAGUCAGAGGAGACAUUCCACAACGAGUACUUCCCUGUGCAUUACUACAUCCGGAACUUCAACCAGGCCCAGGUUCAAUAUGUCUUCAACACCCUGCUGACCGUCUUUCGAUUCGGCGGUCUUGGAUUUUUGCGCUCUAUCCGGCAAUCAACCAUCCCUAUCGACAUGAUCCCAGUCGUGGCUGAGAUUGUUGGCGUUUCAGAUUCCAAGACUACGCCCACAUACUUGGAUUGCUUCGUCAAAUUGGCGUUGAGGUUCAUCGAGAGCGAGCCUACAAGCGACUACAAGUCGAUGCUGAACCUCAACGAGGAGAUCCACAUGGUUGCUGCCGACUUUCUGCACUUUAUCAUUUCCAAGAUUGACCACAUCGACACCAACCUUCUCGCCAUGAUCCACAAGACGGUUAUCAACAAGAUGCUCUAUUGCAUCAACCACGAACGUCUUGACUUACAGAGUCGCCUUCUCCACCUGCUGCACGCCACAAUCCUCAUGGGAACUACACCGGUCAAGAAGCCGACUUCCGCCAACUCGACCUCCCAUAACGGAUCUUUGCCUCGGGACAGCUCGAUGUCAACAUUCGAGGGCGCGACUGGACACAACCAAUCGACACAGGAUGCAGGCGAAGGUCUGUUCCGCGUCGUCGGGUCAUCACCUUUAUUUGUGAAAACAGUAUUUGAUGCCCUCUCGGUCCCAACCAAUCGGCCAAUUCUUCAGCACUGGAUGGACUUUUUGAUGCUUGCGCUUCCCUUCCUGACCAACUAUUUCAGGAGGGUUCUGUUGCCUGUGGUUCAGUGUCUCUGCGACCAGAUUUUGCGGAGCCGAGCCUCUUUGAUCGAGGCAUACACCGACAAUGACAGGGUCGCGACUGGAUCGCCCAACUUGACCGACCAAGACUUGAUGAUUUUCUUGACGGGACUUGAGCGCUUGCUGACAUUCAGUUUGGCAGAGGCACGACUCGGAGAGGAGGUAGACCCUGUCCACAAACAAGAGUGGAGCGAUGGUUUGCGUGGAACACAAGGUCUUGUUGCCAAUGUCUUGAGCAUCGAGGUUCAUACUAGCGAUUCAUUUCAGGAGAACAAGGCUCGCGACACCGUUCUUUACAACAUCGUCAGUAUCAUUCAAAUUUUCGUCGAACUCUGGUCUGCUUUUGACGGCAAGGCGAUCAACGUGUCAGAGACUGAUGACAUUUCACUGCAGUUUAUCGGAGAUCGUGCUCGCGCAAGGGUGAAGCGAAUCUUGGCAGGACUGUACAAAGCAUACCCUUCGGAAGUGACGGAGGCAUUUGUGGAGCUGUUUCUUGCCGAGAACCCCGCAGUCCUCGAUCUGGAGAACUCAAAGUUCGAGUCUGAUUACAGGACGCUCGAUAUCCUGAGCACCAUCCCAGGAGCAUCGCCGCUGGCCAUCUUCUUGACCCUAUUGGAGAGCACCAGGGCUAGAACCCAAGGCAUGUCGACCACUCGAUCCAAGCGCCCUAAUCUCCGAAUCAGCAAAGCUUCGGAUACUGUACUGCUGCGAUUCAUGGAGAUUUACUGCACGUACUUGCCUUCGGCAGAGUCGUUGAUCGAUCUUUGGCCGAUGUGCUUGAACUUUGUACGCGAGUACUUUCCUCAGGCAACGACCUACAAGUACGCUUUCCCUUCGCUGCUCCGAAUCAUGACUGUGAUCUGCGAUCGACUUUCACAUACCAGCUACUUUGACGACAAGAAAAUCCGACGUGAUGCCAGUGAUCUCUACCAGCGUGUUUUAGACUACUGUAUUUUGAUUGCUGGACGAUCCUUUGACCAGGGCAUUUGGCUUCGCAACAGGAAUCCUCAAGACUUUGAGAUUAUGGAAGAGAGUGAUGACUCGCGGGAAUCUGUGCGGCCGCCUUCUUCGGCCAUGACGGAAGUGGAGCAGGCUAGACGUGCAGGAAAAACCAAGGAGGACGUUUUGAUUCAACAGAUCCUGGUCAGUUUGUGCCAACUUGUCAUUCCCAACCUUCGCAGGAUCCUGCAGGAACAGGACCGCGUCACGACUGCAUUCACCAAUCUGAUGUACUAUGUGAUCGCACCAUCACUAAAGUCGCGUGCAGGGAUCAAUGACUCGUCAGUGGACCUGCUCUGCGAGAUCUCCAAGAUCCCCUUUGCCUAUCGUACGUGGCGUAAGGAAGUCUGGGAAGUGUUCUUGGACAACCGCUUCUUUGCCAUGGGUCCUGCUGUUGCUCGUAAAUGGCGCCAGCUCAUCCAAACUGCGAUGACUUCAGAGAAAGAACGAUUGGUGGAGCUUCUUGGACGGAUAUCGACUUCGCCCACUAGUGCCCUGUUUACGAGCAGAGAUCAGGAAUCUCUUAACCGGGCCCUAAUGUUACGCAGAUUGACAUUUGUCAUUUGGUGUGGCACUGUCGACCAGUAUCUGCCCCAGCUGCCCAACAUUCAAGAGAAGUUGGUCGAAUUGCUCAAAUUGAGUUCCACUGAGCAAGUCCACCCGGAGAUCUACCUGUGUUUGCGAGUUUUGCUUUGCCGAAUCUCCAACCAACACUUGAACAACUUCUGGCCAGUCCUCUUAACAGAACUUAUUCAACUGUUCAAUUUGUUCUUGACAGACGAGAAUGAUCGGCCUGAACAGAUCAGUCUCUUCUUGUCGGCGUGCAAGUUCCUGGAUUUGCUUUUUGUUCUUGAGAACGGACUGUACUUUAUUCAUCAAUGGAUCUUUAUUUCGGACGCGAUCCGUCAGACGGUGAUGCACUCGCCUAUGGGUGAAGCGAUGCCCCAUGCCUUGAUGGACCGUCUUGGCAAGAAGUUGUUUGAGGAGGCGCCACUGGAAGGCUAUGCCAGCGCCAACAACAACAAUACCAACAUCAACAGCAACAGCAUGCUCUCAGAGGAAGACCGUUGGUUGACCGAGAACGAUAUCUUGCAGCAAAUGUCAGUUGGAUCCCAGAACCUUGCCUCGUCUACUGGUUCCAACCUAUCGAUACCCCUCUCUGCAUCUCCAACCUUGACGGGACCCCAGUCUGAAAAAUCUGUCGUUCGUGGAGGUUUCCAACCGCAACAGCAGUCGUCAUCGAGUUCGAGCAGAACUCUGAAGAGACCCAUGUUGACGAUGCGCUCGAUCCAACAUGUCCGCGAGCUUGAGUUCUUCUUGUCGCAUGUGGCCCAGUAUGUGUACCAUACGACCUACACACUCGCCAAACCCGAUACAAAGUUCAUAGAGGCUCUCAUCGAGCGUGACAUGCUCGGUGGUAGUAGCAUAGAAGAGUAG